AUGUUCGAAGGUUUAUCUCAAAGGACUAAUAAAAAUCAUCUGAAAAACUCUAUUAUCACCUUCUUAGCCAUUAGCUCUUUAUGCUUUUUAGCUUAUUUUGUUUCUUCAGAUAAUAGUUUUAAAACUCCGGUUGAUUUCCAAUACAAUCUUGAACUUGAAGAAUUCAGAUCGUUUAUUUCAAAAUAUAGCAAAGAUUAUAAGACUGAGGAAGAAUUUUAUCAUAGAUUAAGAAUUUUCAGGGAUAACCUCAGCUACAUUCGAGUUUUUAACUCUCAAGGCCAAACUUGGUAUAUGGGAAUCAACCAAUUCUCAGACCUGACUCACGAAGAAUUCAACUUAGCUCAUAAGAAUAAAAUCAUAGUCCCUGAACUGCCUAUUUCAGAUACCACUGAAAAACUGGCUCAUCCAAAUCUUAAAAUGAAACGAAAAUGGGAUUGGCGCCAAGAAGGGUGUGUAACCCAAGUCCUAAACGAAGGCAAUUGUGAUGCUCCUUGGGCAUAUACAGCUGUAGAUGCGAUAGCAAGUCAGUAUUGCGUUUCAGGUCAUAACCUUGUCCAAUUGUCUGUACAAGAAGUUAUUGAUUGCUCAGGGUCCUAUGGAAAUAAUGGCUGCAAUGGAGGAACAAUAACAAAUGUUUAUAAAUUUGCUAUGAAAAAUGGACUUACAACUGAAGAGAUUUAUCCAAAUACUGGAAAACAAGGAGUAUGCAAAACAGCAAAAGAAAAAGAAACUAUUGCUACUAUUUCAAAAUAUGCAAAUGUAACUCCAAAUAAUGCUACAGCAUUGGAAUCUGUCAUUCUUCAAACGCCAGUAUCGGUGACUGUUGAAGCAAUUGGAGCAGGCUGGCAAAAUUAUAAAGGAGGGGUUAUUAGCAGCAAUUGUGGAACUAGCCUGGAUUGGGCUGUUCUUGCUAUAGGAUAUAACUUAGAUAACUCACCACCUUAUUAUAUAUGUAAGAAUUCAUGGGGUGAUGACUGGGGAGAAGCGGGAUAUGUGAGAGUUUCUAUUGUAGAUGGGGCAGGAACGUGUGGAAUUCAAAUGUCGCCAUCAUACCCAAUAUUUUAA